AUGGGUGUCCCCAAGUUCUUCAGAUGGCUCUCAGAACGAUAUCCUGCCAUUUCUCAACUCAUCGCAGAAAAUCGGAUACCCGAAUUCGACUGCCUUUAUCUCGACAUGAAUGGUAUCAUACAUAACUGUACCCAUAAAGAUGCGGGUGAGGAUGUAUCGUUCCGUCUCAGCGAGGAGGAAAUGUUCAUUCGCAUAUUCAACUACAUUGAACAUUUGUUUGGAAAGAUUAAACCCAAACAACUCUUUUUCAUGGCUAUUGAUGGCGUUGCGCCGCGAGCCAAGAUGAACCAGCAACGUUCUCGGCGUUUUAGGACUGCCCUCGAUGCUGAAAAGGCCCGUGAAAAGGCCAUCAAGGAAGGUGUCGAGAUUCCCAAAGAGGAACCUUUUGACAGCAACUGCAUCACCCCCGGCACGGAGUUCAUGGCAAAAUUAUCCCAGCAAUUGAGGUAUUUCGUCAACAAGAAGGUGUCCGAGGACACAGAUUGGCAGGGUUGUGAAGUUGUGCUAUCCGGCCACGAAGUUCCCGGCGAGGGAGAGCACAAGAUCAUGGAAUAUAUUCGAAAUGCUAAAGCCCAGCCAAACUACAACCAGAACGUCAGACACUGCCUUUAUGGUCUUGAUGCUGAUCUAAUCAUGCUCGGUCUGCUCAGCCAUGACCCUCAUUUCUGUCUUCUCCGAGAGGAGGUUACAUUCGGACGGGCGUCAAAGACCAAGUCCAAAGAACUCGAGCAUCAGAACUUCUAUCUGCUUCAUCUUUGCAUAGUCAGAGAAUAUUUGGAGAUGGAAUUCCAGGAGCUUCAAGAGGAUGGGGCCCUGAGCUUUCCCUUUGAUCUAGAAAGAGUCAUUGAUGACUUUAUUUUGAUGGCGUUCUUCGUGGGGAACGAUUUCUUGCCCAACUUACCGAGUUUGCACAUUAAUGAAGGCGCUUUGGCGAAAAUGUUUAGAAUCUACAAAUCUAUCCUCCCAAAAUGCGACGGAUACAUCAACGAGAAUGGAGUUAUCAACAUGGAGCGACUACAGCGCCUCCUUGGCGAACUUUCCAAGACCGAAAUCGAUGCUUUCGAGAACGACGUAUCUGAUGAAAAGUGGUUCGCGUCGAAACAGAUGGAAAGGAAACUCGAAAACAAAAACGCCGAAGCGAAAGCGCCCAAAGGGGGUCAGCUGGUAAUCACAUCAGCGCAGCGCGAUUUAUGGAAACACAAGAUUCGACCCUAUAUUUCGAAACGCUCAGAACAACCUUUGGAUCUCGGUACAAGUCUCAAGGCCGCUGAUCGUAAGUUUGUUCAGGAUUUGGCUGAUUCAAUGCACCUCCAGUGGUCCACUAAGGAGGACGACGAGGGCCACCGUCAUCUGAUUGUAUCUUUCCCACCCAAGGUCAAGGAUAAUGCCGACGACGACGAAGAGGAUGAUGACGAAGAGGAGGGAAAUCUAGCUGCCUACCGGGUAAUGAAGACGUACGACAAGGCGUUGGUGAUUGACUUGACUCCCGAAGACGCUCAGAAGAAUUACGAGAAGCUCUACCAAGACAAGUACCAGGGCUGGAAGACAAAAUACUAUCUCCAGAAGUUUGAAGAGUGGGCACCUGAUAAUUACGACAAGGAGCUUACAGCGCUUUGUGAGAACUAUGUCCAGGGUCUCCAAUGGGUCUUGUACUACUACUAUCAGGGAAUUGCAUCAUGGCCUUGGUUCUACGGGUACCAUUAUGCACCACUUAUUUCAGAUGUCGUCAAGGGAGUUGGUGCGGACCUCAACUUCAAAAAGGGCCAACCUUUUUUGCCGUACGAACAACUCAUGGGCGUGUUACCGGACCGGAGCAAGAAGAUCGUUCCUAAGGUUUACCACGACCUGAUGACGAAUCCUGAUUCUCCAAUCAUUGACUUCUAUCCACGAGACUUCGAACUGGACAUGAAUGGCAAGAAAAUGGACUGGGAAGCAGUUAUCAAGAUUCCCUUCAUCGACGAAAAGCGCUUAUUGACCGCGAUGGCCCCCAAAAACGAGUUGCUGGAGCCUGAUGAGAAGGCUCGCAACGGAUUUGGGGUUCCCCUGAAGUUCACAUAUUCCCCCGAAGUCGAUUAUGUGUAUCCUUCACCACUACCUGGCGUUUUCCCAGAGAUCCAGAACUGUCGUUGUAUUGAGAAUAUCUUCGACCUUCCGGACAUGGAGGGACUCGAAUACUUGUCAGGCCUGACUAACGGUGCUUUGCUAAGCGUCGAUGCACUGGCCGGCUUCCCUUCGCUGCACACCCUUCCGUAUACCGCCCAACUCGUUGAAGGGUACGGUGUAAAUGUGUUCCAAGCUGACAGCAGAAACCCAAGCAUCUGUGUCACACUGACUGAAACGGAGAAUCGUACCAAGAUAGAAACUUGGAAGGCUAGAAUAGGCCAUCGAUGCUUUGUUGGAUACCCAUUCCUUCAGGAAGCCAAAGUCAUCAAGGUGCAAGACGAACUUUUCAGCUACGAAAUGGCCGACAAUGGCAAAGAUAUUGUGACGAAGGACCACAAUAACAGGGAGGCUGCUGAUUGGGCCAAGGAGGCGGAUUACCUGGAGAACUGGCACGCCAAACGCUUGGCAAUCACCAUCGGACAGGUUGAGUGUUUGGUAUAUGUCCAUAUGCUGAAAGGUCUCAUUCGUACGGAGGAGGGUGCCCUGAUUAAAGAGUAUGCUGAGAAUCCCAGCCUGAGAAGCACCUAUGCUGCGCAGACCAUUGUUGACGAAGUCGUUAACGAAGAUGAACGCUUCAUUGAAAAAGAGGCGUUGCCAAUCGAAGAAGAGUUCCCGCGGGGUACUCGUGCGUUCUUCCUAGGAGAGUAUGCAUACGGACGCCCCCUUGAAGUCGCUGCCCACGCCAAUAACAAGGCUGAGAUCGUUGUUUCGAUGCUGAAGAAUAAGGAACCGGACUUUGCGAAGCAAAUUAUCCACCAGGCAGAACGCUCCAACCCCUACACCCCUUCUUUUGCUGUUGCCAAGCAGUUAGGAAUUCAUCCUCUUGUCCUAAGCAAGAUUACGUCUUCAUAUCAAAUUAUCAAUUCUGCUGGACUUCGACUGAAUUUGGGCCUGAAUUUGAAAUUUGAAGGACGAAAACUUAAGGUUCUGGGGUACUCAAGGAAGUCUCACACGGGCUGGGAAUUCAGUGGCAUGGCAAUCAAGUUGAUUGCUGACUACAUGGUUGCCUUCCCCGAUUUCUUUGCGGCCAUCCAGAGGGAACCUCAGAAGAGUGAGGUUCUCGAAACCGAUCUUUGGAACGACCCCAGUGUUGCUUCGCAGAGAGUCAAGGAGAUUGUGGCCUGGCUCAAGAAGCAGGAGACCAGCAAGUUCGAGCGUGUUCCUUUAGAAGCUGAGCAACUCGACUCCGAGGUUGUCAAGGCCCUGGCUAAUGUCGGAGAACAAAUCCAUGCUGCUUCUCAAGAUAUUGAGAUCAAGAAACUGCGUAGCGUUCCUCGUUCGGCGCUUCUCAAGCCGUCUGAUGCUGAGAUGGUGCUCGGCAGCCAGAACUUUGGCCUGGGAGACCGGGUCACUUACGUCUCUGCCGCUGGAAAAGUUCCUAUCGCGACUCGUGGAACUGUCGCUGGUAUCAGCCGCACAGCCACUGCUCUGCUUUUAGAUGUUGUCUGGGACACAUCGUUCAUGAGUGGCACCACGCUUAACGAGAGAGCUCCGAUGUUCCGCGGACAGACUGUGGCAUCUUCUUCCGUCCUGAACACCACGAACAAACAAGUAAUCUCAACCACAAGCAAGUCACAACAGCGACGACCAGUCCUCGCUGCCCACGGUGGAUAUGCAAAUGUGGGUGUCACACAGUACAAGGAUGCUCCGGCACCUGGUCCGCUUCGUGGUGGGUGGCGUGGAGCCUUGAAUGGCUCCAACUCACCCGGACGCAACUCCCCUGGACGAGGACGAGGCAACGGCGCUCGUGGGGGUGCCCCUAACCUCAUGCACAGCACCUUGGUUUACCGGAAUGGCCCUCCCGAUGGCGCCACUCAAGGUCAGGACGCUAAUGGGCACGGAACUCGAGGUAGAGGAGGUCGUGGUCGCGCACGCGGUACCCAUCAUGGUCCCCCAGGACCUGAUGGGCACCAAGGGGUCGAGGCUCCACAGGAACAGAGAUAUGGCAAUGUUCCGCCACCAGCCAGCCUUGACUCACCCCGAGGCAGGGGCCGUGGACGUGGACGUGGUGGAAGAGGGCGAGGCGGAGCCAGCCGCGGACGAGGUAACGGAGGAGCCGCUGCUGAUGGAACCCAAGGCUAG